CCUUUCGUUUCCCCUUCCCGAAGAAAUUCGAAGUCGGAAUGAUAUAAAAAAUCACAAAAACGAAAGCAUAAUCAACAAAGGGUUUCUCAAUUGCGAUAAUUUUAAUUCGAAUUCGAAUUCAAAUUUGGAGUUUUAUAAUCACAAACAAGAGAAUAGAAUGGCGUCAGAGGAUUCGGUUAAACAAGAAUUGGAGGAAUUGCAGAAACAAUUGGGGAAGAAGCAAAAAUUUGAAGACGCUGUUACGUCUCUCAAAUCUCUGCUUCAAACUACAUAUCCAUCAGCUUCUACCUCUCUUCGCAAAUCUUUUUAUACUGUUAUAUGCCGAGUUGCUACGGUGUUGAAGACAAGAUAUACAGCACCUGGUUUCUGGAGUGCUGGCCUGGGUCUUUUUGAGCAGGCUAUAUUGUUUGUUUCCGAACCUUCUGAAAAGAAGCACUUGAAGGCUUGCAUUGCUCAGGCCAAGGAACAUUUGCAUCUAGAAGACAACCCUUCACAAGUUUUGCAAGCUGCAGUGAAUCAUGAAAACAGAGGAUAUCUUUUUGAGGGACACCUUACGGUAGAUCCAGAGCCACCACAGCCUGCAUGGUUGGUGCAGGAAAACAUCUUGACAGCAGCUGCUAGACUAUUUGAUGCUGAAUCCUCUCAAAGUUUAGCCACAGAGAAUACCUCACCAGAGGAUGUUGCUAGUGUGCUUGAAAUGCUUAGAAAUAGAUUGGAAGAAGUUGUGCCCCUGAUGGAAACUGGUGGUCCUGUAGCUCCAAGAGUUCCUCCUGCAAGUAAAGAAGUUGUGGCGAAACUUCCUGUCAUUACUCUCACAGAGGAGAUCCUGGCUAAUAUGGGGAAAGAUGCAGAGUGUGCCAUUUGCAGGGAAAAUCUGGUGUUAAAUGACCAAAUGCAAGAGUUACCAUGCAAGCACACAUUCCAUCCACCAUGUGUAAAGCCAUGGCUGGAUGAGCACAAUUCUUGUCCGAUAUGUCGUUAUGAGCUGCAAACGGAUGAUCAUGCCUAUGAGAGCUGGAAGGAACGUGAAAAGGAAGCCGAAGAGGAGAGGAAAGGUGCUGCAAAUGCUCUUCGAGGUGGUGAAUUCAUGUAUGUUUAGAUGGCUAUUCAGUUAUGAUGUAUAAUAUGGUUUACCCUGAAGUAAGGGAUUAGAAACUCAGUUGGUGAAUAGUUGUGUAUUCUUAAUUAUUUGAAACUAUAGCUAUUCCUUGAAAUUCAAUCUCAUUUUAUAAUUAUACUGGACACUGAUUGUCUGCAAAUACAAUCGCCAAACAAUGUUGGGAGCA